GCGGUUUCAUACCUGAAAACGCGAAGCGGUAUUUGUUCGAAUUUAACAGAGAAUUUUGCGAGAAACAAAGAUGUCGAUCAUUGUUUGUUCCCUGUGAGACAUUAAAACAUAUGUUUGUCUUUAUUGUGUGCUGUGUGUAUCGUAAAUUGUGGAUAUUUAAAAUCAACGAAGAUGUCCGCGAAGAACGCCAGCUCCAUCCAGGUGUGCAUCAAGGUGCGUCCCUGCGAGCCUGGGCUCACCUCCCUCUGGCAGGUGAAGGAGGGACGCUCCAUCCACCUGGCGGACAGCCACGCGGAUCCCUGUGUCUACGACUACGUCUUCGAUGAGAGCGCCAACAACCAGGAGGUGUUCGACCGGAUGGCCAAGCACAUAGUGCACGCCUGCAUGCAGGGCUUUAACGGAACUAUUUUCGCUUACGGCCAGACGUCGUCGGGGAAGACCUACACAAUGAUGGGCGACGGCCAGAAUCCGGGCGUUAUGGUGCUGGCCGCCAAGGAGAUCUUCCAGCAGAUCUCCAGUGAGAAGGAGCGCGACUUCCUGCUGCGCGUCGGCUACAUCGAGAUAUACAACGAAAAGAUCUAUGACCUGCUGAACAAGAAGAACCAGGACCUGAAGAUCCACGAGUCCGGCAACGGGAUCGUGAACGUGAACUGUGAAGAGUGCAUCAUAACCAGCGAAGACGACCUACUGCGCCUCCUCUGCAUGGGCAACAAGGAGCGCACUGUGGGCGAGACCAACAUGAACGAGCGCUCCAGCCGCUCGCACGCCAUCUUCCGAAUAAUCAUCGAGUCCCGAAAGUCGGACCGCAGUGACGACGACGCCGUAAUCCAGAGCGUACUAAACCUCGUGGAUCUUGCUGGAUCAGAGCGAGCGGAUCAAACAGGUGCUCGGGGAGCUCGCCUCAAGGAGGGCGGCCACAUAAACAAAAGCUUGCUUUUCCUCAGUAACGUGAUCAAGAGCCUAUCCGAGAACGUGGACAACAAGUUUAUCAGCUUCCGCGAUUCCAAACUCACGCGCAUUUUGCAGGCAUCACUGGGUGGCAAUGCCUUCACCUCGAUUAUCUGUACAAUCAAGCCCUCGAUCAUGGAGGAGUCGCAGUCCACCCUGAGCUUCGCCACGCGUGCCAAGAAGAUUCGCAUCAAGCCUCAAGUAAACGAGAUGGUCUCCGACGCCACGAUGAUGAAGCGGCUGGAGCGCGAGAUAAAGGAGCUGAAAGACAAGCUUGCCGAGGAAGAGCGCAAAAACGAGAGCCAGUUGAAGGUGCAGGAUCUGGAGCGGCGUAUCAAGAGCGACAUGCAUAAGAUAAUUUCGAGCACGUCGCUGAGUGACAAGUGUCAGCAAAAGCGUCGCCGUACUUGGUGUCCAACUGCUUCGGGCCAGGAAUUGAACCCUGCUGAGACCGGCAUCUCGGACGAUCGUGUCGUUCAAUUUUCGAAGGUGUCCCAUCUACCGAAACCAGUGUUUUUUCCUAAUUCCAAUGUCGGAAGGCGAUGGGACAAUAUUCCCAAGACUAUAAACAUUCUUAGUUCCCUCGAUAUCGGCACAGACGACCACGUGGUCAACGAGGAAUUCUUUCCGGCAGAGUGCGUUGACUUUGGCUCCCCUCGCAUGGAUGUCCAGAUAGCCAAGCUGUCUAGCAGGCAGCUGCCAGACCUAGCCUUGACGCCCAUCACCUGUCAGAUGGGUCCCGCAACCAAAGAGAAGAUCAAGAGGGAAAUACAGGACCUGCAAAUGUUCACCAGUUUAGAGAAGCAGUUCGAGGCGGAGUGCGAGGAGGUGAAAGUUUUGAAAGAAAAGUUGGAAGAGAACACAGCUCAGCGGGAUCAGUUAGAGCUAGAUUAUUUCACCGAAAAGGAGCGUUGCGAGGAUCUGCAGGCGGAGGUCACCAGCCUAACAUCUGCUAACCAGGAAGCGAAUUUAAAGAUCGGCGAACUAGAGGAGCAGCUGGGUGCUCUAAAGCAAACUGUGACAAAAUUGGAAGUGGAAAACCGUGAUGCAGUGAGUCUAGAGUUCGAGUUCGAGGCACACAAGAAAACUUCGAAACUGCGCGUGGAUGACUUGCUUUCAGUACUGUCAGAAAAAGAGUUGGCGAUAGAGAAUUUGCGAAAGUCCAUCGAGGAAAUUACUCGGGAUUCGCUACGCAACCGCAAGGAAGAUAGAAUGCGUUCCUUUUGCCCAGCUCCGGAAGCCAGCGUCGAUAGAUUUUGCAAUAAGUGUGACCAACUGGAGCAGCUGGCCGCAGAUUUGCAGUCCAAUAACGUUGCCUGCGAGUGUGAUCAGCUGCGAUCCGAGAUCGUCGCUACUCGGACCAAGUUGGAAAGCGUGGAGUUAGCCCUUAGCCAGACUAGCUGCGAGUUAUCAGAAAAGACCACUGACUGCGAGCGCCUCUACAAGCAGAUAUCCGCGGCCCAUGACGACUUUGGACUGCUGCAGGAACGGUACAACACCCUGGAGCAGCAGUGGCAUGGUCAACAGCUGGCUAUCGAGACCCUGCAGACGGACCACGACUCUAUUCAGGCAAAGUACCAUGAGCUUCAGCAGGAAUGCGAGCUACUGGGACGCACGACAAACGCCUCUGACGAGCAGAGCCAAAAACUGCAGGCUGAUAAUUUCAGAAUGCAGGAAGAAAUUGACACCCUCAAGAAGCAAGUGGAGGAGGUACAGAGCAUGCUUAAAGAUGCUCAGGUCUCCGAAUCUAUUGCAGAUGAGUUCAAGGCCAAAAAUCAAGCGCUUAAAGCGCAACUCACUGAUUUGGAGUCCAACUUCAAUGAGAUCCAACGCGAAUACGACUGCCUAUCCAACCAACUGAUGGAAAGUGUCCAGGAGAACGACGCGCUCCGAGAAGAACUCAAGCAGCGGCCCUCUAGCUUCGACCUGGAGUCCAUGAAGAGUUCCGGUGUGGGCACUGAGUGCAGCGAUCCGGAGCACGAGCUCGACCUAGACAGUGAUCUUCUGCAGCAGUUUGUCCAGCUGUCUGAGUCCAUCCAACAGAUCGAACUCCGUCACCAUUCCGGCUGCAGUCGUCUCUUUAGAUCCAAAAAACUGGAACAGCAGGAUCAGAGCGCGCCUGGUUUAAAGCUUUGCCUGGAGUCUGCAGAGUAUAUAGAGAGUGACACUCGCCAGCUAGAUACAUCCGACUCCAUCUGCCUCAAAGGUUCUUUCAAGCGACACAGGUUCCAGAUCAUGCGACUCAGUCAGGAACAGGUGAUAGAGGAGGAGGAAAGGCGACUCCUUGAUAUCAUUUCGCAACUGGAACAGGAAGUGGAAGAAAAAACUGCCCUUAUGGAGGCCACAGAGGCAACCAUUAACGAGAUGCGCGAGCAGAUGACCAACUUAGAAUCUGCCCUUCUGGAGAAGAGUGUCAUAGUGAACAAGGUGGAAGACUACCAGCGCCAGAUCGAAUCUUUGGAGAAACAAAAUGCGGAGAUGACGAUGGUGUACGAGGAGCUGCAGGAUAAAGUAAUCAGGGAGAGUUCGAUGAGCGAGAGUUUGCUUAGAAUUCCUCCUGAAGAGGAUACCCUACCAGGCUUCGCUGCGUCUCCCUUUAAGAAAGAUCAGGAAUCGCAGGAAGUAGUCACUCUUAAGGCCUCCCUUGCAGAGCUCAGAACCAGGGUAUGUGAUCUGCAGGCCGAGAUAGGAAAUCAGCAGUGUCAGAUGCAGCUGAAAGAUGAAAACAUCGCUAAGCUACAGACUGAUUUUGAGGAAAUGAGCGAGCGGUGCUUAUCGAUGGAGGUGAGGCUCGUGGAGUUGGAGGGGGAUACCAAGCAAAAGCAGGAGCUACUGGAUCGCCAGGCGCAAAAGCUGUCCGAUGACCUACGCAUCAUCGACCAGCUGCAGGAGAAAAAUGCUCAACUUGUUGAACGAAGUAUUAAAGCUGAGAGCUCUAAAAAUCUGGUGGAGACAAAGCAGGACCAAGUUAUCGAUGCUGCAGAAUAUAAUAACCAAAUCGAGGAACUUCGAGAAUCUUUGAAGACAGCAACAGAAGAACUACAGGACAUAAAGAGGAGAAAAGAGGAUGAAAUGAAUACCAUGCAGAUGGAACUCUUGCUAAAGCUUGAAACGAGCGAGAAUGAGAAUCGCGCCAAGUUCCACGCGUACACCGUGGAGAUGGAGGAGCGCAGGGAUCGAUACGAGAGCAGUGUGGCCGCUCUGAAGGAUCAGCUAUCGCAGGCCGAAGAGGAACUUUCCAGUGUUACAGCUCGCUGUGAAGCGGAGUUGGAAGGGAUUAAAGGCACUUUUCAAGAAAAAAUUACUCAGGCCGAUGAGGAAAGGAACAGUUUGAAUGUACAGCACCAAGAAGAGCUGAAUAAAAUAAGGGAAUACCUAAACGAGAAGUUGGUAGAACAAUUCAAGAUUGAAGCCACCCUUAAGGAGCAGUUAAGCCAAGCGGAGGAAGAGCGUGAAAAGGCAACAUCAAAGCUUGACUAUGUGAGAAACGCUCUGGAGGAGGCGAUAACUCACCGAAACGCAAUGAGAGAUACAAUUGCCGAACUGGAGAAAACGAAAUCUGAACAUGACACGGCCUUGGAUAAACUGAAAACGGAGAACAUGCAACUUCAAAAUCUGUACGAGAAGAACCAGGAGCUAUUGCAAAUACAGUUGAGCACGCGAGAUCAGAAUAGCUUAGAGACACAGGCACACAGUGAGCAACUCGAUAUACUACUGGCCUCGUCCAAAGAAAAGAUAACUGAGCUCCUAGAAAAGUGCGAGCAGCAGGUUUUAGAUUUGGAAAACUUAAGACAGGACAAGAUCAACCUGCAGCUUGAGAUUCAGGAUGCUAAUGGAAAUUAUUCAAGCACCCUAAAGAAGCUUAGGGAUCUUGAAUUGGAAACGGAUGCUCUUAGAGAGCAGAAUGUGAUGGAGAAGUGUAAUUUAGAGGACAAGAUUGAGACUUUUACUGCAAAGAUAAGUGAUCUCGAAAAAGCACUGCAAGAUGCUCAACUCAAGGCCCUUGGUCAUGACGAUCUGGUUUCCCAGCACGAACGGCUAAGAACCUGUCUCUCCGAGGCAAACGAAGUGUCUUGCAAUCUGGAGAAGAAGGUGGAGAGCCUAAAUUCGGUACUGCUUAGUUCCCAGGAAGAAAUCUCUAAUAGAGAUGCAGAAAUUGAACAGCUUCGCACAGAAUUGAAGCACGUCGUUGUUGCAAAUAAUACUACGAGUGCGGAACAAAAAGUUCUGUUAACACAGCUCAAAGAAGUCGAGGCGAAGAUGUCAAUCCAGGCAGGCAACUUCCAACGCGAAGUGGCCGAUCUCAAGGGUUCAAUGAACGAGCUGCAGCUGAAGCUAAAAUCCCUACAAGAGAUAAAAAAUAAUCUUGACACUGAAAAUGAGGAGCUUAAACUAAAGCUAAGAAAUGCACAGAAUCUGCAGAACAUAUUGGAAGAGGAACAAAAACUAUGCACCUCACUGAGAGAAAAUAUUGUCAAACUGGAACAGUCAAAAUCUCACCUCGAAGACCAAAUACGAGCCAUGGAAGCGGAAGUCGAUCAAAAAUGCAAACAACUAAGUCAAACUUUGGACCUAGGUAGAAACAAAAUCGCAGAACUGACCACCGAGUGCAAAAAUCUUCAUUCCGAUCUGGAAAUCAAAACUAAUAAUUUCCGGAGAGAAAAGGAAACCUUGGACUCAAUUAUAUCCGGUCUGCAAAAAGACAAACAACAGCUGGAGGAGAAGCUAAUUCUUCUUAAAGAUAGGGAUCAAGUCAAUGUUCAACUUAAUGCUCAGUUGACAUCCAAUAAGGCAGCUCUUACAACUCUGCAAGAAGCCUCUACUAAGCACGCAUUAGCCAUGGAGGCGGCCAAUAAUAAAAGCCUCGAAAUGGGCCACAAGAUUGCUGAACUUUCAAGGGAAUGCGAAAAGCUACGAUUCGAUCUGCAAUCAAAAGAAGCGUGUUUCCAAAUGGAAAAGAAGCAAUUGGACGGCACCAUUUCUAAUUUAUUGGAAGAAAAGCGCGGCCUGGAGGAAAAGUGUUGCGCGUUUGACGACAUUGUCAGUAAGCUUGAGGGACUCACAAAAGAGUGCGAGAAGCUAAGAUUAACUCUGAAAAGCAAGGAUGUUACUUUCAAAAUGGAGAAGGAACGCAUGGAUGCUACCAUUUCCAGUCUGUUGGUUGACAAGCGUAACCUAGAGGAAAAGUUGUCCACGGUCAACGACAUUGUGAUUAAGCUUGAGGCUGAACUGACUACUCUUCAAGCUCUUAAAGUGAACGGAAGCAAUGCGUCCUUCGAGUCAAAUGCUUCGAACGGAUCGUCAGCUGCUCCGCCUGCGAGAAAGAGUCUGGACCGAAACCCCGGUGUCGGUGGCCCAAGGAAAUCAUUAACAUCGGAGACUGAAAUACGGAAGAAUCGACGAAUCAGCGUUCACGAUGAGCGGAGACAAUCUUACUGGAACGACGUUCGGGAGUAUGGCACCAUGACGGAUCCCGUGGACAAUAACUGCAACUGUGCGGAGCUUAACUCCAGGCUUCAAGAUUGCCAGCGGGACCUUUUCAUUCGCGAGAGCCAAGUGACUGCGUUGAACAUGGAGCUGAAGCACCAUCCGCUAAAGGACGAGAAUGUGCAACUGAAGAAGAGAGUUUUAGAGGAGCAGGAGAAGGCACGCUCCGAGCAGAAACGACUUAAAACAAAGCUCCACGACCUAAACGCAAGGAUCAAUGAUCUCACUAAUGCUGCUGCAUCUUCCGCAAUUUCGGUUGCCGACCAAGAAAAGCAGGCUGCGAAGAGCUCAAAGCCUGACAUGGUAUCAAUAGAAACUCAGACAGAAUCUGAACUAGAGGCAAUCCUGGAGAAAACAAACAUUAAGUAUCAGGAUGCUGUUCGGUUGUUGCGUUUCCGCUACAAUCUGAUAAAAGAGCUGGAAGAGAAGGUUAAGCAAAACGAAAACCACGACUCUUCAAAUAUCACCUCUUUAACAGCUGGUCAAAACAAUGCACUCAAGGCGCAAUGUGAAACACUGAAGAGGGAACUAGCUGUUAUCAAAAAUAAGUACGAAUCCGCGAAACGCAUUUUGGGGAUGCGAAAAGAUGAGCUGGAUGUAAUGCGAGAAAAGCUAGCUAAAUAUGAAGCAGGUUUAUCAACUAAAUAAGGGUAUAUUUUAUUAUAAUUUAGUGUACAGGAGUUUAAGGGUUUGGUUUUAAGUUCGCUUUUUAUGUCGUCAAUACUCCAUUUUAAAGUCGCAUUUUUAUUUUGCAGUUAGUCUUCAAAUACGAAGAUCUAGUCUUAUGUAAAAAACAUGUAUUGUGUGCAUAUUUCUCAAUAAGUAGAUAUAUUGAACAUUCGCUUAAUUUACUUUUUUUUUAAACAAAAACAGAAGCUAGUUUGCCUUUUAUGUGUUGUACUUACUUAUUAGUAAAUUUAAUAUAGAUUUACAUCAAAACACAAAAUUAAUUCCACUUGAUUCAAUCCACAUAUUUAAAGAAAAACACAAAUUGUCUUCAUAACGCGGCUUUAUUGUAAUGUCAAUAAAUAUUUAUAUAACUUUCUAAGCA